AUGGAGGGGCUCAAGGUAGCCAAAGUUCAACGUGCUCGGGAGAUAGCGGUGUUGAGGGCGAUCGCACAACAGCACCUGCAGGAAAUCGGACAGCAGGAAGAGCAGGAGCGACGAGAGGAGACGGAGGUACAGGCAGUGCUUGCCGCGGAAGAGCAACGACGUAUGAGGAAGAGUGAACGGGGAAAUAUGGUGGCAGAAGUGGAUGAGGAAGCCAGGAAGACUUCAAAAUUGCGCAGUGCACAAGAUGUGCUCGAUCGCAUCCGAUGGGAUCCCAAGUACACGGCUUGGCAGUAUGUCGUCGGUUACCUGGAUCGCUUUGGCGGAAACAAGGAGAUCAGAGUGUCGAUGUGGUUGGAUGAGAGCACGGAGGAGGACUGGAUCCCGCAGCAUCGCAUCCGGUACUUCAAACGAGUCACAAGUGACGACAGUGAGGAGAUUACGGUGAAAAAUGAUAAUUAUGACCUGAAUGACCAUUCGUCUUGGGAGAAGUCUUCCCGCGCAGCUGGCUGCUCGACCAUUCGCUUCAUCCACCACCCUCGUGCGCAUUCGACACUGCCCGCCAUGACGGCGCCCACGCAACCCAGCAAGCUGCAUGGCAGGGCUUUCUAUGAGAGCAUAGGAAGCCCGAAGAUGAUCCUGGCGCCCAUGGUGGAUCGGUCUGAGUUUGCCUGGCGCAUGCUUAGCCGGUCAUAUCUGCCACAAGAACAGUCCAAGAACCUACUCGCUUACACUCCCAUGCUACACGCCAGGCUCUUCAAAGACGGCGCCAAAACCCACGCCGGAAGAGCCAUGCUAGAUGGAAAUCCAAGCAUCGAUCGUCCGCUAUUUGUUCAAUUCUGCGCCAACAAGCCCGACGAGUUCCUCGCCGCUGCCGAGUAUGUCGCCCCAUACUGCGAUGCGGUCGACCUGAAUCUAGGAUGUCCGCAGGGAAUUGCAAGGAGCGGCCACUACGGCGCCUUUCUGCAGGAAGACUGGGACACAAUUCGCAACCUGAUCAGCAAGCUUCAUAAAGAACUUGCAGUACCCAUCACAGCCAAGAUGAGAAUACUGGAGACACGUGAGAAGACGUUGGAAUAUGCAAAGAUGAUCCUCUCUGCUGGUGCUAGCAUUUUGACUGUUCACGGGCGGAGGCGCGAGCAGAAAGGUCAUAACACUGGUCUGGCGGACUUAAAUAUACUGCGAUAUCUGCGGGAGAACUUACCCAAAGAGAUGGUACUUUUCGCAAACGGAAACAUUCUGAAUCACGGAGACAUACAAGAAUCCUUGGACGUAACCGGCUUCGAUGGAGUCAUGAGCGCAGAAGGGAACCUUUCAGAUCCAACCAUCUUCGCCGAACCACCCGCAGAUCCCGAAUGCAGAGACUACUGGCGUGGCCCUGACGGUAUCGGAGGCUACAGAAUCGACGGUGUGGUGCGGCGAUAUUUCGACAUAAUCUACCGAUACGUGCUCGAGACGGAACCUCCGCAACGGUCGCAGUUGUACCUGCCCGGCGAUGACACACCUGAACCACAAUUGCCUAAGCGCCCUUCAGAUCUUUCACAACCCAAAGCGAAGAAGCGGAAGAGAGACAAGCGUCCUGACUCACCGAGUCUCCGACCCAUGCAAGGCCACCUAUUCCACAUGCUUCGCGCCAUCGUUUCCAUUCACACCGACAUUCGCGACGCACUAGCACAGACUCGCGCUGGCGACAUGGAGGGCUUCGAGCGGGUUCUUUUGAUGCUUGAGAAGGCGAUUCGAAAGGCACUGGAUGAGCAGGCUUCAAAGACACCUAAAGAGCGAGAGGCAGCGAAAGCUGCUGCAGAAGAAGCGGCAAGUAAGGCCUCUGAUUUCGAGAAGUCGGUAGCACGGUAUCGGAGGCCGUGGUGGGUGUGCCAACCAUUUAUUCGGCAGUCGCCGGAGGAGGCGAUGGCGAAGGGUGCGUUGAAGGCUAAGCAGAAGGGGUCUAGCAAGCCUGGGCAGAAGGAUGGGAGUAAGCGCCAGAAGACAGAAAGCAAUAUGGCCAAUGAUGUGGACAAGGCGGCAGGAAUGGAUGAAGGAGUCGUUCGGGAGCAGCGGCCCGAUGUGGUCGAUCAGGUGGAACAGACACCUAAGGCGGCUGUGGUUUGUGGCUGA